CUGGAAAGGCUCGCCAAAGCUUAGCCCACCAGCACACCCCAUCUGAUCUCGUCUCCUAGCUCUUCUCUCCCAAUUGCAAAUAUCCUAUCCUAUUUAGCUCUCCCCCUCUUCUUCCUCCUCCCUCCCUCCUCAGCUAGCUCAGCCACCCAACCUCUAAUUCUGCAUUAAUCUCGUUCCCUAAUCCACACUCACACUAUCACCUGUCUCUAAGCAGCAAGAGCUAUACUCAAGCACACACAGAAGCUAGAUGGUCCAUUCCUUGCAAUGCUGCAGCGCUCACACGCCCCUACGGCCUCUCUUCUUCUCCAUCCUCCUCCUCCUCACCUCGUCGAUGGAGGUAGCACACUCAGAUGCCAGGAGGGUGCCGCUGAGGCUACUAGAGAUUGGCGCCAGCAAGGGGCAAGAAGCCGCAGGGAUGAGAGGCGAGAUGACGAAAGGGAGGAGGGCUCUGAUCGGAUCGAGGCCGCCGAGGUGCGAGAGGGUGUGCAUGUCCUGCGGCCACUGUGAGGCGGUGCAGGUGCCCAUCGUGCCGCAGGAUCACCAUCAUCUUCAGAAGAGGGCCGCCGCCACCACCAACGCCGCCAUCAGCGCCGCCAUGUUCACCUACAGGGUGGACGGCAUCACCAACUACAAGCCGCUCAGCUGGAAAUGCAGGUGUGGAGGCACCAUCCUGGAUCCAUGAAGAUGAUGAAGAACAAGACAUCCCAAAGCAUGAUGCACACUACUCGCCGUUGCUGUGCAGAAAAAUGUAAAAAACCACUUCUUUCUUCCCUCAUGUUCAUCCUCCUCUUCUGUUCUGGUUUCCUUUGGUUCAUUCCCCAACAGCAAUUGCUCCCUUAAAUUUUGUUCCAGUGAGGUUGAUGAUGUGGGGAAGAUUCAGAUUAUUUGGAGCUGCAAAUCAAAUCAAAUCAAUCAAAUGAAAUUUGUUGUAUAGUUAAUUGAGCA